UUUAAAUUUCUGUUUUAAAGGUAAAGUGGAAUUGCAUGGGAAAAUCAUGGAAGUUGAUUAUUCAGUCUCUAAAAAGCUAAGGAGCAGGAAAAUUCAGAUUCGAAACAUCCCUCCUCACCUACAGUGGGAGGUAUUGGAUGGACUUUUGGCUCAGUAUGGGACGGUGGAGAAUGUGGAACAAGUUAACACAGACACAGAAACUGCCGUGGUCAAUGUCACUUACACAACAAGAGAAGAAGCAAAAAUAGCCAUGGAGAAGCUAAGUGGGCAUCAGUUUGAGAACUACUCCUUCAAGAUUUCCUACAUCCCCGAUGAAGAGGUGAGCUCCCCUUCGCCCCCUCAGGGAGCCCAGCGUGGGGACCACUCUUCCCGGGAGCAAGGCCACGCCCCUGGGGGCUCUUCUCAGGCCAGACAGAUUGAUUUCCCGCUGCGGAUCCUGGUCCCCACCCAGUUUGUUGGUGCCAUCAUCGGAAAGGAGGGCUUGACCAUAAAGAACAUCACUAAGCAGACCCAGUCCCGGGUAGACAUCCACAGAAAGGAGAACUCUGGGGCCGCAGAGAAACCUGUCACCAUCCAUGCCACCCCAGAGGGGACGUCUGAAGCCUGCCGCAUGAUCCUUGAAAUCAUGCAGAAAGAGGCCGAUGAGACCAAACUAGCUGAAGAGAUUCCUCUGAAAAUCUUGGCCCACAAUGGAUUGGUUGGAAGACUGAUCGGCAAAGAAGGCAGAAAUUUGAAGAAAAUUGAGCAUGAGACGGGAACCAAGAUAACAAUCUCAUCUUUGCAGGAUUUGAGCAUAUACAACCCCGAGCGAACCAUCACCGUGAAGGGCACAGUGGAAGCCUGUGCCAGUGCUGAGGUAGAGAUUAUGAAGAAGCUGCGCGAGGCCUUUGAGAACGACAUGCUGGCCGUUAAUCAACAAGCCAAUCUGAUACCAGGGUUGAACCUCAGCGCACUUGGCAUCUUUUCUACAGGACUGUCGGUGUUUCCUCCACCAGCAGGGCCCCGAGGGGCUCCCCCCGCCGCCCCCUACCACCCCUUCGCUACGCACUCCGGGUACUUCUCCAGCCUGUACCCCCACCACCAGUUCGGCCCCUUCCCGCACCAUCACUCGUACCCAGAGCAGGAGAUUGUGAAUCUCUUCAUCCCGACCCAGGCUGUGGGUGCCAUCAUCGGGAAGAAGGGAGCGCACAUCAAGCAGCUGGCUCGGUUUGCCGGGGCCUCCAUCAAGAUUGCCCCAGCCGAAGGCCCAGACGUCAGCGAGCGGAUGGUCAUCAUCACUGGGCCACCUGAGGCCCAGUUCAAGGCCCAGGGGCGGAUUUUUGGGAAACUGAAAGAAGAAAACUUCUUUAACCCUAAAGAAGAGGUAAAGCUGGAAGCCCAUAUCAGAGUGCCCUCCUCUACCGCUGGCCGGGUGAUUGGCAAAGGCGGCAAAACCGUGAACGAGCUGCAGAACCUGACCAGCGCCGAAGUCAUCGUGCCUCGAGACCAAACGCCCGACGAGAAUGAGGAAGUGAUCGUCAGAAUCAUCGGGCAUUUCUUCGCUAGCCAGACUGCACAGCGCAAGAUCAGGGAGAUCGUGCAGCAGGUGAAGCAGCAGGAGCAGAAGUACCCUCAGGGAGUUGCCUCACAGCGCAGCAAGUGAGGCCCCCCAGGCACCAGCAAACGCGGAUGAAUGUAGCCCUCCCAACACCAGACCGUCUGACCAAACACAGCCAGCAGAUCGGGAGCAAACCAAAGACCACCCUGAGGAACGAGAAGUCUGUGGAGGCACCGGGGCCUCGAGCUGAGAAUCCCGGGUCAUGGAGGGGCACGGGGAGGCUGGGGUCCCAGGAACCGCUGUCCGCCCGCCUCCGCGGCCUCUGCAGGCUUCAGCCAUCACUCCCCAUGCACUCACUCAGAACCCUUCUCCACGACGCUAUCCCUUUUAGUUGAACUAACAUAGGUGAAUGUGUUCCGAGCAAAGCAAAAUUCACCCCCUUUUCUUUUCUGUGGAAAAUUGUCUCUGUACAUGUGUGUACAUAUUAGAAGGGGAAAGAUGUUAAGAUAUGUGGCCUGUGGGUUACACAGGAUGCCUGCAGCAUUAAUAUAUUUUAGAAAUAAUAUAUCAAAUAACAACUAACUCCAAUUUUUACUCAAUUAUUAAUUUUGUUUUCUUUUUGAACAGAAAGCAGGCUUUUCUAGACUUUAAAGAGUAAAGUCUUUCUUUGGGAGGUCGAAUAGUGUAGAAAGGAACUUGGAAGCCACCCACAAAAUUCACCCCGAGGGAGUCCCUGUCAAAGGACACUCGGAGCAGUUCUGGACCACCUGUGUCUGUCAACAGAAGGGAUACCGUCCAGGAGGGCCUGGCCCUCCUCACCUGUCUAGCUCACACCCAUUCUUUUGGCUUCACAGGUUUUAAACUGGUUUUUUGCAUACUGCUAUAUAAUUCUGUCUCUCUCUGUUUCUCCCCCCCACCCCGCUCCAUCCCCACUCCUGAAUUCCCUCAUCCGUCUCCAUCCCCUGUACCUAUGCAUCCCAGGCAAAGCAGUGCUCUGAUUAUCAUACCGCACAGAAGGAACAAAUGCGAAACACACAAACCAGCCUCAACUUACACUUGGUUACUCAAGAGAACAAGAGUCAGUGGUACUUGUCCUAGCAUUUUGGAAGAGGAAAACAGGAACCCAUCAAAGCAACCAGCCAACCCAACCAAGAAAAAUUCCAUAAAGAAUGUAUUCUGUCGUUUUACAUUUUGGUGUAUAAGCCAUCAACAUUCAGUGAAAUGAUUUCUUCGUUUAAAAAAAAAAAAGGAAAACAAUUUACACAAGGUUGUUGGCCCAGGGCGUUAAAAUUUACAG